AUGUCCCCCAAAAAACCACCCCCAAAAUCACUCCCCCCUACCUCCCCCCUCCCCCCCUGCGAAUUCACCACCCCCUGCACAACCGCCACAGCCAGCACCUCCCAAACCACCACAACCAAAUCCCCACGCGCCUCCCCCGCCGACCUCCCCCGCAAAGUCAUCUCCCACAUCCUCGGCCGCAACAAGACGGUCACGCGCCUCCUCCCCACACACGUCUGGGUGCACUACUGCCGCAAACACUACCAGCGGGCGCGGUACCGGGCGCGCGUGUGGCCGUUCACGCAGUGCGAGAUCCUGCUGGAUUCGCUGGCGCGCAUGGAGGCGUGGGGCGGGGUGCGCGCGUUCGAGGUCGUUUUGAGGAGGAGGGAGAGGGAGAGGUUGGAUUCUGGGUCUUCGACUUCGUCCUUCUCUGGUGGUGGUGGGGGUUUAUCUGCUGUUGAAGAGGAGGAGGAGGUGGAGGAGGAGGAGGAGGAGGGGUCUGGCGAUGGCGAUACCGAUACCGAUGCCGAUGGGGACGAAUCUUCCUCUGUGCUCAGUCUUAGUUCUGAAUUGGGUGAUGAGGACGACGAGGACGAAGAGUACAACGACGCCGGGAAGGAGGAAAGGAAGAAAAAGAGGAAGAGGGGAGGGAGGAGGAGAAAGAAGCCGCGGAUCCAGGCCUGUCCUGUGCCUGCGUGGUUGCGUGCGUGCACGGGCCAGGGCAAGUCCUUUGCUGAGAUUCGGCACCUUGUGGCGCGUAUCCGGGUGGAUUUGGAGUGGCGGCGUGAAAAGGGCGAGGGGCCGGUGCUGUUUCCGGAUAUUGAGAUCUUACCGAUGUUUCGGGAGUGGGUGUUGGAGGAGGCGGCGGCGGCGGCGGUGGGGGGGAAGGUGUCGGAGAGGAAGACGAGGAAGAAUGCGAAGACGAAGAAGGCAAAUCCAAAGGUCAAGUCGAACGCAAAGGGGAAGGGGGGUGUGAAGACAAGGUCGAGGGUGAGUGCUCGGGGUGCGGUGCGCAAGACCCGAUGGUGA